CGAGUCCUUGUCCAUUCUUAGUUUCACUGUGAGCACAGACUAGCAAGUGGGUGAAGCUUUGUCCUCUCAACUUGAGGAGUUAUUGUGUACUGUUCGUUAAAGCACCCGGAUUAUACACAGUGAUAAUUGCAAUUGGGUUUAUCUGCGCGGAGUGAAAAGUAAUAGACAAAGAAAAUAAAGUAUCUUAGGAAAAGAAUGGGUUUUUUAGGCGUGUGGCAAAGCAGGCGAGACGGCGCUUGGUAUCUUCAUCUGUCUCGGUUCUGCUGCCUCCUGUUGCUGAUGCUGCUUGCCCUUGCUCAGAGGACCUCCGCAGGGGUUCUGCGGAGCUCUGAGUCGUCGUCGUCUGAGGACCUCUCCUUGGACGAUCACUUUAAGGAAUACGACAUUUCCAGCAACAGUAAGAUCAGCUCGUCUGGACUGGUCUUCAACAACAUGGACUUCAAUUACCCCAACUUCCCCGCCGCGCCGAAGUUCGAGUGGAGGGACAUCCCCACGCCGCCCAAGAUCAACUGGCAGGACCUCCCCACGCCGCCCACGCUGCCCACGCUCAACUGGAACAAGGCCUACGAGGACGACAGUGUGAACAGGUCGACCUACAGCUACAGCGGCGGUCGCAUCUUGUUCAUUCCCAUCGGGGCCAUUCUUUUCUUGAUCAGCCUGUGUCUCCGCAUGUGCAUUUGCAGCGCGAGGAAGCCCGCCCCCACCACGAUAACUGUCGUCAGGAGAACCGUCGUCAUCCCCGUAGAAGGGCGUCCGAACGUCGAGGAGGGCACGGACCAGCCCCCUUCAUACGCGGACGUGCAGAAGGAAGACCUUCCUCCUCCUUACUCUGAAGUAUCUUCCCCUGCCGCUUCAGACACUGCGCCGGAGGCCACAGAACAACCCACUCCCUCAAGCGCAGAGGAGGGCGCCGAGCAGGCCUCGACCGCAGCCACGCCCCCGCUCCAGAAGGGAUGUUGGCGACAAACGUGUUCUCAGGGCGCCCCAGGUUCCUUCAGUCACAGUACUCGUACAAGCCCCUCGAGUAGAGGACGACUAAAACGGGGUGUGGCUGCUUCUUCAUGACGUCAUUUGGAAUUUUUUUUUGGCUCGAGACGAACUGUGUUUGUAUGGUAGAAAACUAAAGAGGAAAAGAGUUUUGUCAGAAAAGGAAUGAUCGCAGAUCUUUAGAAAAAAAGAAGAAGAUAUAUGCAAAGUGUGUAACAGAAAGAGAAAACGGAAGUGGGGAAAAGAUUAACACCAGACUGGCCGUAGGGUGAAUCUGCCUACCACGUCUGGCUCUUGAGUUGGCAACACUCGUGCACUCGUCUGCAGGUGGAUGCAACUUGGGACGAAGUGGAUGGAAAUUCAAGCCAUUCUUCCCACUAUAAAUAAUUACAUAAGGAACCGAAAUAAUCUGGAAAAGAAAAAAAAAAUCAAAUAUCGUUCUCUCAAAUUUUUGAAAUACCCGGAAUUUCUUAAAAUAGUUAAAAAAAAAAGGUGGACAGGGGAAGAAAUAAUCACGUGAUGUAACCUGACUGCUUGCCUUGAGAGAGAGAGAGAGAGGGGGGGGGGGAUCUUCCGACACGGGCAAGAAUGUCGCAACAGACCGCGCCAAAUUCCUUGCAACCAUCUGCGCUGAAUGGCUGUUCCCUUGGGUGGUGUUAGUUGGUGUUUUUCAAGUACUUAGGCCCGGUGCUAAACACGAUAAACAGGGUUGAAUAUUAAAGUAUAGUAGGAAUGAGUGAGAUUGUGAGUAAUCAAACCAGCAAAUGCAGUUUAGUUUGUUACAAAUCUUGCAUUGUUGUUCUUGUUUAAUCUUCAACACAGUCGGUUCUGUGUUCCUUUCUUUGUGA